AUGCAUGUCUCGUCCAGGGCAUCGCGGCCUCUAUGGCUGCUGCGCAAGACCCUAACUCUGCUGCCAGCGCUGCUGCUGCUGCUGCUGCUGCCUGCUAACCGCUACAGCAACAGCAACACAGCAGCAAAGCCUUCUCCUCAAAGUUCUCCUCUAGGCGACUGGGGCCUUCCACUUGUUGACGCUGGUGCGUACCGGAAGCUGGCGAAGAAGUUGCAUCCUGAUGUGGCUCCAGGGAAGGAGAAAGAAUUUAUGGAGAUUGCGAAGGCCCACGAGGUGCUGAGUGACCCUGAGCGGAGGAAGAAGUACGAUGCGUUUGGAGAGGAGGGCGAGGCAGUUUUCUCCGGUGCUGGGGGUGCAGAUGCGGGUUUCCCGUUCAGCGAGUUUGUGAAUUUGUUUGCUGGCGGCGGCGCUGGGUUUGGUGGUGGCGGAGGGGGGGGCCCCCAAGGAGGGGGCCCCCGUAUGAAGUUUAAUUUCUCAGGGGAGAUGCCGGAGUAUUUAAAAGGGUUUGGGUUUGAGUUCCGAUCGCAGCAGCAGCAGCAGCAGCAGGAGCCUGACUGGGAUGCUGAUUUAUAUCAAGACAUUGUUUAUUUUGCGGCGGUGAAUUGUCGUAGCCACAAACAGGUGCCUCUGUGUCGCCGAGGCAAGCGCUAUCCUUCUGUGUUUUUCUUUAGUGAAGACAAGAAGGCUGAGCCGAUUCUUUAUACGGGGCGCAAGAAGUUUGAAGAUAUCCUGGCUUUCAUCAGCGAAAGGCUUACGCAAUAUCAAACUGCCCUUACAUUCGAUAAUAUGGAGGACUGGCUUACACGCAACCCCCACAAGGCUAAGGCGCGAGUUCGUCAUACAAAUCCUUUACACCCCCUUACUCCUCGUAGAGUAAAGGCAGGUGAAUGUACACCCCAAGAUUCACAACCGGCGUUCGCCUCCGCCUUCGGCUUUGUUCGUGGCAGCAAAGAGGAGCUGCUAGUUGCAUACAGACCCAAGAGACAGCGUUACACCCGGAUGACGCCACCUCUGACGAAGACAUCGAUAGAAGAGUUUAUAGACAGAGUAAUUGGAGGGGAGCAGCUACCGUACAAGCUAGCAGCAACCCCUGUGCUGGGUGCAGCAGCAGCAGCAGCAGCAGCAGCAGGGUCAGGGGUGGAACAAGAAGCAAGUCGCGACGAGCUUUAA